AUGCAUCCGUCCUUCCCCUCGAGCGUGGUGUCGCAGCACACCCCGGCGUAUUCUUCGUUUCCCGCGUCAGCGAAUGCAGGGUCGGCGGCGUAUCCGCCAAGUUCCUUUUCUUCGCCGAACGGCACAGAUGCGCCGCACCCUCAGGCCUCCGUCGCGUCGGCCACCCCCUCGACUCUCCCGUCCGGUGUACAUACACCUGGAGUCGGCGAGGGGGGCGGAGUUGCAAGUGCGCCGUCGAUGGGAACGGGAAUGGACGGCGGCGUUGCUCGCAUUUACAUGAACAUGCCGGUCGAUGCCAAGCGCUACGUGGGGGAAGGGGACAGAGAUGAAGUUUUCCGCCGUCUGAGACGAGACAACCGAACCUGCUUCGACUGCGCCACGCGAAACCCCACCUGGCUUAGCGUCACCUACGGCAUCUAUCUCUGUCUGACCUGCAGUGGAAAGCACCGCCGUCUGGGGACGCACAUCUCCUUUGUCCGAUCCUGCGAGAUGGACAAGUUCUAUCCGGAGCAACUUCUGAGGAUGGAAAUGGGAGGCAACAAGAAGGCACACGAGUUUUUCAGAGAACACGGGAUGGACGCGUCCAAAGCUGUCGACUACCACGGAAAGCUCGCGGCGAAGUACAAGCAACAACUCGACCGCGCCGUAGCUCACGAGAUGCAGGCGGCAGGCUGGGUGAUCGCGUCUUCUGCGCCUGCUGAGGCGCCUGCUGCGGCUGCCGCUGCCCCGCCUCAGACAGCGCCUUCGACGCUCGCCUUCUCCGCGCCUGCGGUCGCCGUCCCCACACAGCCUGUCUCUCUCUCCGGCGCUCCGUCAGACCCCCUGGCUUCUGGAGUCUCUGCCUCUGGGCUCUCGAGCAACGCCGCGUUCGCGCCGGACAACUUCGGAGGCCGAGGCACGGCGGCAGGGGGACGCGCCGCUCCGGGGGCUCUGCGCGCGAGAAAGUUGGAUUUCGAUUUCGACUUUGAAGCCGAAGCAGCGAACGCGGCUGCCAUGGCCGACCAGAAACGCAUCGAGGAACAGAUGAAGGCAGCUGGAGGAUUCGGCGCGCCCGCGUCGUCCUCAGCGCCGCCUUCUGUCUCGGGGACUGGCCCGGCGGUUUCUGCAUUUCCUUCUUCCUACUCGACACCAGUCAGUGCUUCCGGCAUUUACAGUCCCGGGCCCGCGGUCAGUCCUGGAGCCCCGACGGGAGGAAACAACAGCCCGGCACCGAGCGCGCCAGCGAACGCGACGCGUUUCAGCAACGCCAAAUCGAUCUCUUCGGACCAAUACUUUGGCACUGCUGGCGGCGCAAGAGCUGCCUCUUCGUACCAAGCAUCGAUCAACGUGGAUCCUUCGAAGCGCAGCAUUUCUUCAGAUGAGUACUUUGGGAUCGAUUCAACAAAGAAGCAAAGCAGGCUUGCGGCGUUCGAGGAUCAGGCUGUCGUUCACUUGGACAGCCUGAAGAUGACGGCGCAGCAGGGCUGGGCGACGCUUGCUUCUGUCGGAAGCGAUUGCACACGUGCCUUCUUUGUCUUUCUUUCGCUGUCGGCUGACGACUUCUCUCCGUUUUUUCCGGUUCGUCUCAAGGAGAGAGGUGGAAAGGCUGCGGAGGCGACAGACAACACGAAGAAAGAGCCGUCUCUUUUGUGGGAAACGGUCGCGAAAAAGGGGAAAGGGAUCUGGAGUGGCCAGCAGGGGAUUGAGGGAGAAGAGUGCAAGAGCCUCGCCCCUGGUGUGAGCUGCAGCGAUGGUGAGGCAGCGCUGAACACUAUCUUUGAGAAGCAAAAGUGGGCAUCCGACCCCUCCGUCCGCUUGGAUGGCGAUGUGCCACUGGGAGGUGCUACCACGUUAACAGCCGAGCAGCUACUCGCGCAGCGGAAAAGCCAAGUAUCACUGAUGAUUGAAAACGAACGUUAUCUGCGACGCCAUGCAGAACUGGAAGAAAUGUUGGCCCUUUUCAUGACGAAGGUUUUGGAGAAGAAACCCGACAACAUCCUCAAGUUUGCUGGAGAGUUCUUCACUCAAGAUGGGCUCAAACAGCUGGUUGAGGCGCAAGCGGAUGAAGAAGACACGUACAGCGGCAUCGCUGAAAAGCUGGAGGAAGUCUGA